GCCUGCCGCCGGGACCGAGCCGCGCCGUGCUGAUCGAGGCCGAGGCCCCCGAGGAUUUCGAGAGUAGGUCUUUUGUGCGCGACGGUGCCUCUCUCGCGUGGCACCGGCUGAAGGACGCGAGACCGCUGAGCGAGCCUUCUCUGGACUCUCGACUCGCCGGACUCGCCGGAGGAGGCCUUCUGGAUCUCGGGUCUUGUCGGCUGACCGGCCACGAGCUCUAGGGGAUCGCACGCACGCGGCUGUGCACUCGGGACUUUCCCAGACCAAGCGGGAUAAUCAAGGACCUCAUUCCCCGGCCCGUGGCCUUCGGCCACGCGUCGACUUGUCGCCCGUCGCUGAGGCUCACGGGGUCGUGUCAAGCCUCGCGGAGAUGGAUGCAUCGACGCUCGGGAGGACCUCAACCUGUCGAUGACUGUUUAUAUCCUUGUUUAGUGAUUUACUCGUGCGGCUAUUCCCGCGGCGGAAGGACGCGAGGGCGUGUGAGAACGCGCGCGGUGUUCGGGACUCGUCGAGGGAAUUUUUAGCCGAGUGGGAAAGUGCGGAGUCGGCGGUCGCCGUCGCGGGGACGAGGACCGAUCGCCGCGAUACCACGCGCGUCGUCGUCGUCGUCGUCGUCGUCGUCGUCGUCAUCGUCGGCGUAUAGAUCAUAAUUCACUCCGGAGCGUCGCGCUUCUCUCUUCCUCGCUCGCUCGCUCGCUCGCUCUCUCCGAUCCCCUCUCUCCGUCCCUCCACGAGUCGGAGGCACGCGCAUAGGGUCGUGGCGAAUCGAGUCUCGGACACAAUUCAGAUCGGCCGAGCCAUUUAACGCGGAUUUAACGAUCCAUCGGCCGAUCCGCGCGAGCGUGAAGCACAAACGCCGUGCAGCGUUCGUCGUAGCGGGCCGUAACUCACGGCUGCUCAGGUGCGAUCAGGUGACAGAGGAGCCGGAAAGAAACGCUCCCGAGCGGCGGCCCCUCGCUAGAGGAAGUGAGAUAUCUGGAUUUGUAGAACGGCUGGCGCGUUGCCGAUGUGUGCCACGGAUAUACGUAGUGCCAGUGCGCGCGCGCUCCAGCAACGAGAUCGGCACGGCGAUUCGGCUGCGUCUCCCGCCGCUCGCGGACGCUGAGAUCGGCAUCGAAAUCGCCGAAUCGGCCGCGCACGCGUGCAGCGGACGGUGCACCCGUCGGCGAAAACAACUGCUGAGGGUCCGGGUGUCCUCCAGGUGCUUCAGCACGCGCUGCCCGCCAACGGAUUUCGGACCAUGGAUCUGCGCGCUGUCGGCCAGCGAGCGUACUUUCUCAGGUGGAAUCGCGCGGCGGGCAUCGGCGAAAGUAUUUUCGAUCGUUUGCAGAAGGUGAGGGAAGGAUGAAGAAUGCCCCGCGUCGGCGGAGGAGACGGGGGUAGCGGGCCCCAGAGGACAGGAGGCGCUGGCGGUUUCGGAGGAUGGCUGGGGGGCGCCGCGAGGGCCAUGACGGGCGGAGGUGUCGGCAGUGGAUACGUCGUUCUGGGCGGCACCAGAUACGGUCUUCGGAUCUCUCAGGAGAGCCUGCCGCCGGCCAACUCCAGGGAGGAGUCGCAGGAGCGCCGGCGAAAGCGGAACUCGCGCGAGAGCGACUCCCGGGAGCGGCUGACGGAGAAACCGACGGCGGAGAAGCCGUCGAUCGACCUGGCGGCCAGUAUCGCCGACUGCUGCUGCAUCGGUCCACGCUCGCGGCUUCCGCUUCCGCGGCUCCCAGCGGCGAUCUCGUCCUCUUCGCCACCUUCGUCGUCGUCGUCAUCGUCGUCGUCGCCGUGCCCUCCGGUCGCCGCCGGUGGUUAUCCCUCUGCGGCGGAUAUCGCGAGCGUCGGAGCUGCCGGCGGUGGCGGCGGCGGCGGCGGUGGCGGCGGCGGUGGCGGCGGCGGCGGCGGCGGCGGCGGCUGCUCGCCGCCUCUUCCUGCUUCUUCCGCGGGCAUCGCGGAGACGACGUUCGCUAAUAAUAGUCGCGGCGCGGUGCAAACGUCGGUGGGGAACAUCGGCAGCACCAGCCAGCAGCAGCAGCAGCAGCAGCAGCAGCAGCAGCAACAGCAGCAGCAACAGCAGCAGCAGUAUCACCACCACCACCACCAUCACUACCACCAACAGCAGCAGCACCACCACCACCAGCAUUAUCCACAAACAGCAGCGGCGGCAACGUCGUCGUAUUCGCCGCCGCCACCGCCGACGACGACGCUGUCCUCAUCUUCGACGUCGCUCGGCUACUCGCCCGGCGUCCCGACGGCGACGCAGACCGUCUCCGUGCCGCGGCAGCUCGCGCAGUGGACGAAGCAUCAGACGCUUAAGUUGCAGGAACCAGCAGUGAUAGCGGUGGACCGACUGCACAGGUUUCGGUGGAGCGGGGGCGGAGGAGGAAGUGGCAAGAAGUCCUCUUCCGGCCCCCGCAGCGAGAAGGCCGAGCGCCUUCGCGAACUCACCGAGAAGCUCAAGGGACCGGCACCGGUCCCGCCACCGAGAAGACCGUCGCGAGUGCAGGCUUCCUCCCCUCCCCCGAGCGGAUACCAGCCGUCGUCUCAAAAUUAUCCGCAGACGGCUACGAAUCCCGGCUGCGGCCGUUGCGACGGUCGGCCGUCUCAUCGCAGCUACACGUACAGCGAAGGCAGCCAACAUGGCGGUAACAGUCAGCAGGCUCAACAAGCGCAACAGCAACAGCAACUGCAGCAGCAGCAGCAGCAGCAGCAGCAGCAGCAGCAGCAGCAUGAACAUCCGAAGACAAUUGUCCGUAGUGAGAGUGUCAGUGAAGAGUGUCUCAGUGAUCGCUCGGGGAACAACAACGCGUACAGCAGGAAGCCCUGCCACGACUCGAGGAAGUCCUCGAGAUCAGGCAGACCCGAGAGAAACAGUGGUGACGUCAGUGACCUCAGGAGCGAGCCGAACGCCAGUGCAGAGGCGGCCAAGCACUUGAGACAGUAUAGUGAUUCCGUGGUGGACAGUGCUACGAGUGUGGACGAUCUGUGCGAUAAUCUGAACGCCGCUUCCGGCGGCGGCAACGAGGGGGAGGCCCGGGACGCCAUCACCAGGCUGGAGCCGCGUGGGUUGCUCGCCUUUCACAGGGCCGGCGCGCCCUUCAGGAGCGCCUCCUUUGGCCAGGUGGACUUUAAUCAAGCGAGCCGACAGAAGACCCAGCCGAUCGCGACGUCCAACCGCGCCGAGUCCAAAGACGUGCGUGCGAGCACGCUGCCCCGUCGUCGCGGCGACGCGACCCCGGGUGGCACGACACCGCAGAACAGCCCCAAUCGGCAGAGCCCGAGGACGUCGACGCCCAGCGUCGACAGCGCCGUCGGCUCCGCCGAGGGUCUCGGUGUGCCUCAGCAGGGCAACCUCGAGGAGAUCCGGCCGAGGAGCGAUGGCUCCGACAGCCUGGCGACCUCCAGCGCGCUCACCAGCCCGGAACCGCUGGUACCGGAGACGAACGAGCCACGGGUCGACCUGGUGCAGUCGGACGCCCCGGUCGUCGAGGUGGUCAGCCAUGAGUCGGUCUACCCGCUGGUCGAGGGCAACACCGUCGAGGAGACGGUUCAGAAAGAGACCAGGAUAGAGCCGCACGAGGUGAUCAUCACGCCACCCCCGGAGGAGCCGCGCUUGAGCCAGGCGAGCGAGGGCAGCGAGGCGCUGAGCGAGACUCCCUCGGAGGCGUCCUCGCCCUCCGGCAAGGCGAGACGAUACCGCGGCGACACCAGCAAGAGGAGGAAGGGCGUGUACAUAACUCAAUGGCCGGAGCCCUUGGACGCGGACAGAAACAAGCUGUCGGCUCAGAGCAGCGAGGAAAGAGACGAGCCACCUGCGACGCCCAGCGACCUGUCCGACUGCGAGGGCCACACGCCUCGAAGGUACAGCAAGAGGCCCCUGCGUGGACCCUACGGGCAGAUGCUGGAGGCCGAGAUGGCGAAACCGCGCACCACCGACAUCGCGCUCGAGGAGGGCCUGCGCCCCCGCAGGAAGAUCUCCGCGAAUCUCUCGUACAACGCGAGCAGCAACAACAGCGGCUCCGAGCCGCCCACGCCCUGCCACCACCGGACGACCUCCAGCCCGACGAAACUCGAGGGACUUCCGGGGCCGAGUCCCGAGCUGCUCGCGGAGCUGCUGAGAGGAUCCUCGGAGAGGGUGGCUCGCGCACCGGCGCAUCGAAACGACACGAGGACCCACGUGGUUGUGGAGCUGUACGACACGGAACGCUCUUACGUGGAGGCGCUACAAAUACUAGUCAAUAAAUACCUGCAGCCCCUGAAGAGCCCCGAGAAUGCCGGUCUAGUGGAUUCCGGAACGGUCGACGAGAUAUUUUAUCAGAUCCCUGCGAUCCUCAGCCACCACGAGGUAUUCUUAGAGGAGCUGCGUAGGCGACUCGACACCUGGGAGCUCAGGCAGACGAUCGGUGACGUCUUCCUCGACGUGUUCACGAAGCCGGUGGUGCUGGAGACGUAUACCCUGUUCUUGGACAAUUGGAAGUCGGCGAGGAAGGCGAUUAAAACAACAUGCCAGGCGAAGCCCGCCUUUGCACGAUUUCUCGAGACGAUGGAGCGCGAGCACAAGGGCAAACUGGGCUUGGACCAGUUGUUGAUCAAGCCCGUGCAGAAGAUCCCGCGGUACGAGCUACUGAUCCAGAGGCUGCUGAAGCACACGGACCCGACGCAUCCGGAUUACGAGCUGCUGCAGGCCGCGCAGAAGGAGGUGCACGAGCUGGUCGUGAAGAUCAACUGCACGGAAAGGGAGUCGCUCGAGUGGGAACAGCAGCAGACCACGUUGAGGGAGGUCCAAGCCCUCGUCGAAGGUCUCGCCGGCAUCGUAACGAACGACAGGGCCUUCGUCCGGCACGAUCUGGUCACUAUAGCGUCGAAUCAGGGCACGCGGAAGGAACGGGCUUUAUUUUUGUUCUCCGAUCUCCUCGUCAUCACAAGCAUCAAGCGCAGGAGCGGCACGAUAAGGAAGCCGUCGACGAGCGCGUGUCCGAACAGCCUGGUCGGCCUGCUCGAAGCGAACAAGUACAAAAUGCUGAUGCGGAUCCCACUGGACGAUCUCGAGGUGAUGAAAGCCAAAGAUGAGAAUUUAAGGCGAAUGGCGCGCGAAGUGGACCACCUGCGGGAAGACUGCCUGACGCUGACUAACCUUCAGGAAAUCGCCGCGACCUUGCACGGCCCGAAGCAACAAUUGGAAGAACUUAUCAAGGAUAUGCUGGGUCAAGCCCAGCGGCAAUUGGCGGAGAGGAAUGCGGCGGAUUCGCAAUUGGCCUGCCUGGAACUCACGCUCAAUACCCAAGCCGGCAUCGAGAACAUAUCCGUCAUGUUCACGAAGCCUGACAAGCGUGCGAGUUGGGAGGAGAGCUUUAACGAAGCCAAACAGAAGCUCGCGCUGUCGGCCGACCGAAGGCCGUGUCCCGAGUUCGUGGGGCCGCUACCGAUCAGGAAGACACGAGCGGGUCUUCAGUUCACCUGCGCGGCGCCGACGCUGGCGAACGGACAAGGCUCGAGGGACGUUUGGGUGUGCAACAGCGACGGUUACGUCGGCCAGGUGUGUGUGCUGAGCUUGAGCCCGGAACCGCCGCAGGUGACAUCGUGUAACGGAGUGUGCAACGCCAGGAUACUGUGCGUCGCCGGGAUACCCGCUUGCACGCCUGGUUCGAACUCGUGCACGUCGAACAACAGUCCUUUCAUUAACAGCAAAAGCGGCAUAAGCAUAUCGGUGCAAGAUGUGGAUGCCAGCGGCGGUAACAUACAGUUAGACAGUAGCUCGAGCUCCGACGAGUCGGACUCGGACGACAUUCCAUGCGCGGACACGGGCAGUGUGACACUGAGCGGUGAUGUGUCGAGCAUCGACAAUACCGUCACAGAGGAGGACGUCAACCAGCCCACUAUGUGGCUGGGAACUGAGGAUGGCUGCAUCCACGUGUACAACUGCAACGACAAUAUCCGAAUCAAGAAGAACAAAGUGAAGAUCCAACACGGCAGCAGCGUGCACUGCAUCAUAUACCUGGACAACAAAGUGUUCGUCUCCCUCGCCAACGGAGACAUCACGGUUUACGCUCGGGACCACACCGGUGGAUGGAACACUCCGGAUCCAACGACGGUGUCCGUCGGGACGGUGGCGUCGCCGGUGACCAAAAUGCUGUCCGUCUCCGGGAAGCUUUGGUGCGGCUGCCACAACAGCGUGAAAGUCUUGAACACUCACACGUUGGACAUCGAGCACACGUUCGCCGUGAGCAGCGACACGAGCCGCGCCGUCUCUUGCAUGGCGAACUCCGGGGGUUUGGGUGUCUGGAUCUCUUUGCAUAACAGCGCGGUACUGAGGCUCUUCCAUUCCGGUAGUUACGAGUGCCUGACGGACAUCAACAUCGCGCCAGCAGUCACCAAGAUGCUUGCCACAGGUUGCGAUGACAUAAUUCGCCAGCACAAGGCCGCGUGUCUCAGGGUCACCGCACUGUUGGCUUGCAACGAGUUGCUUUGGAUCGGCACGAGCGCCGGCGUGCUACUCACCGUGCCAAUUCCCCAUAUAAAGCCAUCCACUCAGAGGAUGUCGCAGCCGCCGAUCGUGACUGGAAUUCCUCAUGGGCACACGGGACACGUGCGCUUCCUCACUUGCGUGGAGACGCCGAGCCCCUCGAAGCCGGACCCGCGUCCGAAGGUGAAUCGCUACUCGUUGAAGUCCAACAAGACACAGCCGAGCAACAUCAACCGUGGCAAACUCCUGGUGAUAUCCGGCGGGGAUGGCUACGAGGACUUUCGCGGGCCUCAGGCGUCUGCCGAGUUGCAGGCAGGUCGUGAGGACUCCACGAACCACCUGCUGCUGUGGAAAGUGUGAUACGAUCUAGCACGACCCCAGGAUGAUGCGGUAACUACUUUGUAUAUAGCAAGGGUCGCGGUAAACGAAAGCCGGCAUGACACGCCGAGGGAAUCGUUGUUGUACGCGCAGCACGCGGCCGGACGCCAGCACCGUCGUCUGAUCGUGGCCGAUCAGGACGCGUCGGCGCGCCGGGUUUUCAGGGAACGCGGGAAGGUUCUCUGGCUGGUACUAGCCGAGUGGAUCAAGAGCACAAUGCGGAGGCUGCACUACUCGCAGGACGUCAGGAAGUAUCGGCUGCAGUUCGCGCAGGAGGCCGACGGACGGUCUCGGACGGUCUCGGACCUGUCUCUGUCGUCGAUAUGCGAUCUAUGAAACGGAUCCACUGUUGUCUGGCCAUCACCAGUCGUGCCAGUCUGAUGCGACAUCAUUUACCAAAGACGAGUGCUCGACGAUGGCGGCUUUCGUCGUGUUCCCCGUCGUGUUUGGAGGAAUCCCACGCAUCUGGGAUCGCACACAUCAGACGCAAUGUUGUUAUGUGCAGGGUGAUUCUUUUUAAAUUACCUGAGAUAUCUCGGAGGAAAUGUAUAGUCUGGAAAAAUUUGCGGACGAAAGCUGUUUGGUUGCAAAAGAAGCAAUGAAGUAAUGACUUUUGCUCUGACUUUGUUCAGACUUGCGUCUGAAACUUUUUAUCGGACCCUUCUUUCGAGAUAUUUUAGGUGAGCGUUUAAAACAGAUAUUACCCUGUAUAUUAUUUAAAUUUGAACUUUGAGAAGCUCUUCAUUUUCCGCUGCAUUAUGACAAUUUGCUUCUACGCGUUACAAGUAGAGUUCGCAACAUCAGAUCCAAUUCGAUUUGGUGAUUGACGCUUUCGCAGCGUGGAAUAUUUGUUUGUUUCGAUUUCCAGCUUGGAAGCGAACUUUCUGCCCAAUUUUCUUCAGCGUCUCGUGAACGUUGAAACGUUCACUUCGCUGGAGAGGGGAGCAACCUGAUAUACUCCCAAGUUCCAUUCGACUUAACUCUCUUUUUCUCACAGUAUUUGUACCGAUUCCUAUUUCCAAGUCAGGCUACUUGAAUUUGCAUGCGGAAGCAAUUGGUUUGGACGCAAAUUUACAAGUUAGCGAAUCAGCAGCUGUAAUCUGCCAAAGGAUCGAGUACGCGUCUUUGGUAAAUCGUUGACCAGACGAAUCGCGGAGUCGAAUUCUACGUUGGAUCUUGAGCAGGAGGAGAGAUAUGAUUCUCGAUAUAACUUUCGAUGUCGAUGUGUACACGUUCAUUAUAUCAUGCGAAUGAACACGUGAUCUCAAGAGCGGCCCGUGAACUCGCGUCAGGCCAGCGUACUCCCAAACGACUCGAAGGUUCGAAAGGCGUCCGGAAAAUAAGUGGUGCACCUCUUUCAGACAUCGCUCUUCGGACAUUCGCGUCGUUGGGGUUGAUUCGCGCGCGUUUCCUCUUAGCUGCACUUUCUCGUGCACUUUUUGUGCGCGAAGCGCAAUGAAGCGAGUAAAUGAACGCUCAAGGGAGGAGAAGGGAGGAGAAGGAAGGAAAGAAAGAAGAAAAGAUCGUCGAAAGUGCAGAGAGAGAGAGAGAGAGAGAGAGAGAGUUUAGCUAGACGAGACGGCUUUUCCGUCGCGGGCCUGAUGACGAUCGAGCGAGUGUCAUCGACGCCGAAGAACCGACGUUAAUGAGAAGUACGAUACCUGGCAGGGCGUUGAAUCGAGCUUAUCUAUGUGUGUAUGUAUCAACACUGGCCUAAAUCGAUUAGCGGAUAUAGAGAUCUAUAUUUCUUACGACUACUACGAAGUGCCAAAUGUCGAAGGUGAAAACGAAUCUGUUCCACGUUUGUCGAUCGACGCUGCGGAAGGUACCGACGUACUUCGUUAAUUUCCGGUACGUGGUACAAUGUAAAACUCAAUGUGUUCGUGUUAAUUGUUCGAGGAAGAGAGAGAGAGAGAGAGAGAGAGAGAGAGAGAGAGAGAGAGAGAGAGAGAGAGAGAGAGAGAGAGAGAGAGAGAGAGAGAGAGAGAGAGAGAAAGAGUUCACCGAGUCCAUGGUCGGAGCGGAUGUGAGCAAAGACAGGGAUUUAUUUAUUCGGAGGAGAAGAAGGGUGACAGAGGAGAAGGGAGGAGUGAAGAAAGGGGGGAAAAAGUUGCGCGCCUCGCCUUCGUUCGUACGUCAUUCGUGUUAGGUGACUGUUCGUAAUAUUCUAUAUUCGGAUUUCAUCACCCUCUGAUUCACACAAGUACAAGGAAAGUGCCAAUAAUUCUUCCGUCGUCGACACGCCGUCUCAUGGUAUGUGCUUUUCUUCGCGCUCAAUUUUUUUCUCGCUUCUCAUCCACGCGCUUGGGGAGUUACCGUUCCCGUUUGAAAAUCGUUUCUUCGUCUUCGGUGAUUUAAUUCAGCCAAAUUAUCCGCGAUCGUUCCUAGUAGAUGCGUCCCUCUUAGAUCCACUUGUUUGUUGAUUUUUUUAUGUUCUCGGCGAACGAUCUCGUCGUCGCCUUGCUGUGACUUGCAAUCGGUAGAGCA